GUGUCAGUCAUGAAAGCUCUCCUAUAUAUCCUCACUCGGCCGCGAGGACCGACCGACCGACCGACGACUUUUACUUCCACUCCGUCGUAUAUAUAUAUAUAGUAUACUAGUGCGUCUAGCUCGGCACUCUUCGCCCCUCUUCCUUGGUCCAAUGGCGUCGUCUCUCGGCUCCGACGACAGUGCCGGCUCCGCCGCCGCCGUCUGCUGCAUGUGCGGCGACCAUGGCCUGCCGCUGGAGCUGUACCGGUGCGACCUCUGCCGCAUCCGUACACAGCACAGGUACUGCAGCGACCUGUACCCGGCGGCGGCGGCGGCGGGGCCGUACCGGAGCUGCAACUGGUGCCUCAGGCAGGGCGGCGCAGACGUCGGAGGGGGUUGUCAUUCGCCGUCACCGGUUAAUAAGGUGUCCGCGGCGGCAGGAACAGGAACCAGACGGAGGAUCAGCAUCAACGGUUCUCGUGGCGACGGCGAGUCGGCGACCGCUAUGGAUGCUCCAGCAGGUCAGCGUUCUCGGCGGACCCCAGGAAGCCGAUCAAGAAGCCUGAAAAGGGCCGUGAAGAAAGAGCGGUGCAGCGGCCGGAGCCGGUGCUCACGACGUUGUCUAAGGAAACGAGGGGGGUGGUGCAGCCUGCCAAGCCGCGGUUCAAGGUGAAGAAGGUGCGGCGGUACAAGUUACUCGCGGAGGUGAUCUGCUAGUAUCAGUAAUUUAGUAUAGUAGUAGUCAGUGGCGGAGGACUAAAUAAAAUUAAGAUAUAGACUGGGUCGCUGGGCCAUUGUAGUUUGGAUGAAUUGCUUAUGAAAUAUUACUUAUUAGUCUAUGGUUAGCAGAUCAUGUAUAUAGUCAUGUAAAAUAAUUUUUACUAUAGGAUGUACUAUUUAUAGAAUGAACUCUAAAGUAAAAGAUUAUA